AUGGCUUACAAUGUUCGAUGGGGUAUCAUGGCCACGGGCUGGAUCGCAGAGACCUUCGUCCGCGACCUCCUCAAGGACCCCCAAACCCGCGAUGCCUCCGACGUCGCCCACCAGAUCACCGCCGUCGCCUCCUCUUCCUCCGUCGACAAAGCCACCCAAUUCAUCCACGCCAACAAGAUCCCCAGCGCCUCCUGCGCCGCCUACGGUGACUACCAGUCCCUCGUGGAUGACCCCAACGUCGACGUCGUCUACGUGGCCACGCCGCACUCGCACCACUAUCAGAAUGUGAUGCUGGCCCUGACGGCUGGCAAACACGUGCUGUGUGAGAAGGCGUUCACGGUGAACGCGGCGCAGACCAAGAUCCUGUGCGAGACGGCUCGGAAGAAGGGCCUGUUCUUGAUGGAGGCCGUCUGGACGCGCUAUUUCCCGCUGAGUAUCCAGGUCCGUGAGAUGAUUCAGAAGGGGGAGAUUGGGGAGGUGUUGCGGACCAUGGCGGAUACGAGUUUCGGUGGUGAUGUGGAAGGAAAAUGGGGCAAGACGCAUCGGAUGGUGAAUCCCGAGUUGGCGGGGGGUGCCUUGUUGGAUUUGGGCAUUUACUCCCUCACCUGGGUCUUUCAAACCCUCUACCAUACUCUUCCUCGUGACCAACGCAAGCCACCCACCGUCACCUCCGUCAUGACUCCCUAUCACCUCACCGGCGCCGACGAGUCGACCACCAUCGUCCUCGACUUCCCCACCAGCACCCCGUCCAACUCGACCCCACCGCGCCGCUCUCACGGCAUCGCCAUGACCAGCAUCCGCGUCGCGGCCGAUCCGGAUCAACGUGGCUCUGCCGGUCCCGUGAUUCGUAUCCAGGGCACCAAGGGCGAGAUCCAAGUCCUGGGCAUGCCGUUCCGUCCAACGGGGUACAGGGUGAUUCCGGCGGCGGACGCGGACGGUCAAGCAGGAGAAGUGCGAGAGGUGCAGUGCCCGUUUCCCGACGGGGGACAUGGGAUGUUUUGGGAAGCGGAUGAGGUGGCGAGGUGUUUGCGGGAUGGCAAGUUGGAGAGCGAGGGAUUGCCGUGGGAGGAGAGUAUUGUGAUUAUGGAAGUGAUGGAUGAGGUGAGACGGCAGGGGGGAUUGACGUAUCCGGCAAAGAUUGAGUCGACGGAGUAUCCGUUGGAUCUGUGA